UUUGCUGUCGAUUGUGAUAAGCUUAACUGUAUCACUGAACUGUUCACUGUAACACACUCUCUGCUCUACCUUCCUAAAGAAUCCGACUCCCGUUAUACUGUUUCCUGCUACUGUUCAUAUUACCAUAAUGGCAGCCCAAAAUACGACAGUCCCGCCCCGCAGCAGAACCCAUGCAUAGAGACCUGCACCGGUGCCUGGUCACCUACACAGCCUUGCACGACGAUCCCCAGUCGACGUUCGAAACCUGUGCUCGCCGGUGAACACAAGCCCACUCCACUGAUCCAGAUUCCGUUUCACGUGUCCCCUUAGGCAAUUUCUUCGCACUCCAAGGUCCCAGAUAGUUUUUUAUUGUUGUUCGUAGUGGUCGCCUAGUGACCACAUUCAUCGAGUGAAACUGGAUACUUACUGACUGUGUCGACGAGCCUCCGAGUUGACACCAAACUGAGGGAGUACUUUUACAGAUAGAGACUCCAGCAAAACACAAGCGGAAGUGAGCCCACAGAGUUCUACCUCCAUGAUACAGAGGCACACAGGCAGUCAUAUGUGCCCCUGGAUAGGACCAAAAUUUCCUGCAGCUACUUCCUUAAUUACCUUGGUGUCUCCCUCUUCCCGUCACUGUCAUUUAUGCAGCACUGCGCGGACCUGUGAAAGUCGUUUGGUUCUAUCCUAAAUCAACUGCACUACAUUCUUGCAAAAAAAACUGGGGAGGAAAUGUAAACAAACAAAACAACGCUGCAAUUUGUCUUGGUUAUUGAGCUGUCGCAUAUUGUGCUAAAGCGUGGGAGAAUGGCACUCACACAGUUAAGACGUAAGGAGCCAUGUUGACUCUUAAUGACAUUGCUACAACAGCUCCCACUUAGGGGUUGCAUGUUCUGUCAAAUUUUGUCCCUGCUAAUCUCACAAUCAAGGAUGCCAAGGUACUAAUUCCUAAGACAGGGUGCAAUAAGUAUUCAGUCCAAUUGAGUAAGGUAGCGCAGUAUGGUCUUUCUUGUCACGAAAGACCAAGAUUCAACCUCAUCCAAAUGGCACGAGAGAGACAUGGCAACGUCUUGAAAUCGUGGUAUUAUAGUGGAAGUGCUGCUCGUGACUAUGGCGCCGAGGAGCAGACGGUGAGCCAUGUUGUGGGGGAGCGCCCACUCCAUGCCUUUGAAGGCGGUCUGCUGUGCUUGUCCAUCAUAGUUCUGGCUAAUUGUUUGUAUGUGAAUUCUUGUAUUUCAUCAGAAAUGAUCAGUUCGCCAGAAUAUGUUAGCAGACUCGCAUACCAGCCGUGAUGUACGCAACAAUUCCUGUCUGACACCUCGAUUCGUCUCUAAUGGGCUGGCGACCUCCAUCAAUGGGAAACGUAAAAGCUGGAGAAGGGUUGAACAACAUGGAAUGGAACGUGACAGCGCUGCAAGCGGAUGAUCUGAGGCAUCAUAUCCUGUCCCAGUCAGCGCAUGCUGUUCGACGCAUCACAAGAGCCACGGCCAGCAGGGUGAGAUGUGAGUGGGAGCGUCAUAAUCAGUUUAAGUGGAGGAAUAAACCUGGACUGCAGGUCCAGGCGGCUGUUUUCCGGGAGCGACUCUCCAGCUACUGGCGGGACUUGGCGCAGCUGCUCUCACUCGGUGCCACGCACGCCUCGCAGCUGUUGGUUCCCCUCGCAUUCGAACGAAUGGGUAACCACGCAAGUGAUCAGCAACUCCACGGUUGGAUUAAGGACAUGGAACGUGUGAAAGACAUGCUGCGCACGAAAUUAACCGGAUGGGUACAUGACAUGCAAUUAGCCAGCAAACAGGUGGAGCACUACGAGAUGGAAGAAGACAAGGACGGGCCAGGGAACUUGAUAAUCAGGCGGCCGCUGUUGAGUGAACGCCUGCUGCGCUAUCAGCCGUGGAGCCUCUCCUCUGACGACGACUUCAGUGCGCUGUGCAAGGAGCGGCAGCCAGAGGCGUCGCAAAUGUUCAGCCUCGCUGACGAACUGUACGCCUUCCAUCGUGUCUCCUGGUACAAUGCAGCUGACUACAUCUGUUCAUUCUACGAAGAUGACUUCAAGAUUGUAGACGAGGAGUGGCAGCUGGAGGACAGAAGCCACGAUACGCUCUCCGUGGACACUGACUGCGUGCAGCUGUUGGUGAACGCCCUGGACCACCCCACGUGUCCGCUGGAAGACCUGCCACUGGAAGCCGUGAAGCAGCGCGAGCGGUGCCGCGAGCAGCUGUGGGACGACGUGGUGCAGAGGUCGCCCCACAUACCCGUCACCAGCUACCUGGCCUACACGCAGAGGAUAAACGUCAACCUCUGUCUGCUGGCCUGGAUGGCGGUCAACUCGUACGGCAUUUGUCAGGACGUCCCAUGUAUUCUUGUGUUCGCCAUCUCAGGCUUCCUAACCAGCUACUACCUGCUGAAGUAA